AUGCUUCGACUGACAUCUGACCACUUUCCCAUCUUCGUACCGUUUGGGGUGAUUGGGUUCUAUCGCUACCUAUGGUACCUUAUCCGUAUCGCUGCUUCCCUCACUUAUCGGCCAAUUCCACUUCCGGAGAACCCAACUUAUAUCGCUGAGGAAGACGUCACUAUCAUAGUGCCCACCAUCGAUGCUGGAGAGGAAUUCAAAGAGGCUGCACACAGCUGGUUGGUUGGGAAGCCCAAAGAAAUACUCAUCAUUACCGAAGAGAAGAUGCGCGGCCCGCUGCAAGAACUUGCGAACGCGGUUGACCCCACGCGUAUUCGCGUCCUCACUGUACCUUAUGCCAAUAAGCGCCUCCAGAUGUCGCAUGGAAUCAAGCACACCACCUCGGACAUAAUUGUCUUCGCAGAUGACGAUGCCAUCUGGCCACCGACAUUGCUACCUUACGUUCUGGCUUGCUUCGAGGAUCAGAAGGUGGGCGGAGUCGGGACCUCGCAGCGCGUCCAGCCCGUAGGGGAUCGUAUGACUGUAUGGGAAGUCCUUGCCGCGUUCCGGCUUUCGAUCCGCAACAUCGAAAUAGCCGCAUCGACACACAUUGAUGGCGGUCUCCCCUGCCUUUCAGGACGUACUGCCGCUUAUCGCACCGUUAUUUUGAAGGAUCCUGAAUUCCUGCAUGGCUUUACGCACGACUAUUGGUUGGGAAAGUAUCAGCUGAAUUCUGGCGACGACAAGUUUUUGACGAGGUGGAUGGUCAGCCACGGCUGGAGCACGUACGUGCAGUGCUGUAAGGAGGCAGAGCUACUCAGCACGAUGAAGCCGAACUGGCGGUUCUUGAAGCAAGUCUUACGGUGGACGCGAAAUACGUGGAGGUCUGACUUACGCUCGCUGUUCAUGGAACGGCAUAUCUGGACUGCGCAUCCGUACGUGGCAUAUACGAUGGUGGAUAAGUUAAUCAAUCCGUUCACGCUCCUUGUUGGGCCGUUAUUGGUUUGCUAUGUAGUCUACAAGAGCACGAUACCUGUGGAUAACGGCGGAUAUCAUCUUCCGGCUUGGAAUGUUGUACUUAGCUAUUUUGCUUGGUUACUUGCCACCAGAACAGCCAAGCUGCUUCCGCAUCUAUGGUAUCGUCCACAAGACGUGAUAUACGUCCCGGCCUUCAUUCUCUUCGGAUACUACUUUGCGAUCAUGAAGAUUUACGCACUGUUCACCCUGCAUGAGACGGGCUGGGGAACUCGCUCUGGCAUCGGCGAUCCGACCGCUGCCACGGCUGCGGCUGAUGCUGGCACUGAGGCCAAGUCGACGGGCUACCACAAACUGCAGGAAAUACCUUUGCGAGAAUUCCCGUUCACUUCGAUGGACCCGUCUCAGCGCUGUUAG